AUUCAUACAAGAUGACUGAUCGAAAAAAUCGAGUCUCGACUGAGAGUCUGUCACCUCGCUGAUAAUUAGGCUACAGAUAUUUCAGGUUUUAACGGCAGCGUUGUUAUUGAAUGAUCUUAGAAUCUCAGAAUCUUAAAACAAGCUGAUCAAGGAAAAACAUGUAUGUUAUUUUUCUUUUUCUUUCAAGCAUUAUUACUAGUAGUACUUGUUUUCUGUGAAAGUUUACAUUAGCAGCCAUUUGUCCAGGGUGGUGACAGAUUUUAUUAAACCCACAAGGCAUCUAAAAGUUUUUUUCUCCAUAGCAAUCAUUGGUGAGUCAAAAUUGGUAAGAUAUGAUGGGGCCUUUAUAUGAAUUGUUUAUCGUGAAUAUUUUUGGGAAGUGAACACAGCAGCAAAAUCAUUUUCAGUUUGUGGCUGUCUAUGUAUAAGAUCUGAGGAAAACUGUCUAUUGCCAUAACUGCCUGUGUGCGUGUUCCAAAUUCCAUAUUACUCAAUGAAUGAAUGAAGUAUGAAUAAAAGUGAGUGAUGAACACACAUUACAAUGACAAAUGAGUGUUAUUGAAAUUCAUAAUUAUUUAAUUAAUUAAAAUAAUUAUUUUGUAGGUUAGUAUUGUUGUCUUUUUUUGUAUAGCUUGAUUAAAAGUUGGGCUCAGCAGUACACAGUAUGAUAUGCUUUGUUGUCAUUUGUGGGGAAAUGCUUAUGAUGCUAAAAUACUGUGCAGGGCUGAAGUUUCUUAGUAGAAUUAGUAGAAUUGUAGACAUGGAAAUUUUAAUUAAGGAUAAUUAGACUUGUUCUGGUCGUGAAUGACUGCUUUUGGUUUAAUGCAAUUACAGUGUACCUAAAAGAUGGUUAUUUGGCGCCAUCUACACGGCUUGCAGAAAUUGUCAAUAAACGAAUCAAUAAAUUAAUCUGAACAAAUCUUUUUGGUGAACGGAAUCAAACAUGUCCGUGGGGAUAUAAUACAUUAUUUAACUAUUCCCUUUUAUUCAUUUAAAAAUCACAGCAACGUUUCGAUCAGAAUGAUCUUUGUCAGGCACACAUCAAUAGGCAACACAUCAAUUUAAGUACAUUUGUUACAACCAAACACAUCAUUAUGUUCACCUGAUAAUAAUCAGGGUCAAUAACUUAAUGAGAACAAUUAAUUAGAGUUCAAACGUCAGCAAAUUAUACACCAGUCUCCCACAAUUGCAAACAAUUCACAAACAUCAGUGAAUCACAUGAUUGUAAAUUUAAGUAAAAACGUUUAAACAGCAAAUAUCAGAUACAGGUCAAAGUACAAAAAAAAAAAAAAAAAAGGUACAAAGGUAAAAGUUAUCCCAAAAAGUCACAGGAUGGAUAUCAAAAUCCAAGGAGUACACAACAACCUGACUAUAGAUCAAAGAAAAGCUGAACUGGAAAUAAAAAAAAUGAUAAAACUUUUAUAGUAAAAACAGCAGAAAGGGUUGCUCCAUUGUAGUUAUGAAUUUUUCUGAUUAUGAUCAAGAAGUGAAACGACCAUUGAGUGACAAUGUAUUUUAUCAAAAAUUGAAUUCUGAUCCCACCAAGGUUUUUAUGACUGAGAUUCAUGAAUACUUGCAACAUUGUUUGGAUGGGGGUGAGAUAACAAAACAGGAGUUUACUUUCAUGAAGUUUGAUCACCCAAAUUCCCAAGUUAUUUAUAUACUUCCAAAAAUACAUCAAAAUCUUGAAAAGCCUCCAGGAAGACCCAUUAUCUCUGGGAUUGGGUCUCUUACUGAGAAAUUUUGACCUUUGUUGAUUAAAACCUAUUGUGUCUUCAUUACCCUCUUUUGCUAUGGAUUCAAUUGACAUGAUUAAGAUCUUGAAAACUAAUGAAUUGUCUGAUGAUAUAUUAUUCGCCACCUUUGAUGCUGAGUCUCAUUAUACUAACAUACCACACUAGGGAGGCAUUGAAGCUAUUGAUGCUUUAAGAAAUCCACAUCAAAACAAAAGACCAAGUAUUGACUGAAUCAAAACAUUAACCAAUUUGGUGCUAACAAAAUAUUUUUUUUUUUAGACACAAGAUGACUUUUUUCAGGUACAGCCAUGGGAAACACUAUGGCACCAAAUUAUGCCAAUUUGUAUGUGGGUUAAUUUGGACAAAAACACAUUUUCAAUUGUUCUCAGAAUCCGUUCUUUUCGCAUAUAAGACUCUGGCGUAGGUACAUUGUAGACAACAUUGUGGUCUGGUACUGAAAAUGAACUGCUGCAGUUUCAGCACUUUCUUAAUGCAAGUGAUGAACAUCUUCGAUUUACUGUCAAUUUUGACUCAUCCCAAAUUAAUUUUCUUGAUAUUUUGAUUAUUAGGGAUGGCGAUUUCUACAGAUCUGAACAGAAAACUGACUGAUCGUAAACACUCCCGUACACUCCUGCAUGGACAAAGUUAUCAUUCUACCCCUCUGAAGCGUAGUUUGCCUAUUAGUCAAUUUAAUCGUAUAUGUCAUAUUUGUAGCUCUAAUGAGUCUUACGCACUACAAAGCAUUGACUUAACGAAAAGAGUUAGAGAGAGAGGUUAUAACGAAAAUUGGAUACAGUCCACUGUAAGGAGAUUUGAAAAUAAAAAUCAGGACGUAUGCUUAACCACAAAUCAGGUUAAAUCUGAUGAAAAUAAAGUUGUUUGCUCGUUCCAAUACUCCCCUAUUUGUACAGACUUAAAGGUGCACUCAGUAAUUCUAAGCAAAUAUCUCCUCACAGUCUGCUAGCUGUCCGUUCUGUGGGUGGGCUGAAAAAACACCUAGGAUUUGUAUACAGCCCUGGUUCUGUAAAUGGGACAAAAACAAAAUGGAUCAGACUGAUCCACACAACACUACUCCAACCAAUCAGCAACAGGGUGUGGUUCUUGCACGUGCACAGGAUGGGGGGUGGGGGCAGGGGGCGAGAGGGAAAUUCAUUAGAAGAGCAAUGGCAAAUCUGGCUGAUGCAAACUUUCUAAACUCCAAGGAGGACAAAUGGCUGAGAAACAGACCAAGAGAAAAAGGUCAGACGAAUAUAAACUAAAAAAGAAGGAUUACGAUAAGUUGAGGGCUAGGAGCCGCGUCAACAUCGGCGAGGCUGUUCAGCGGUGGAGAGACCUCCGAGAGGUAAAAGGCUUGAAGAUGGAUGCAGAAGUUGCUCUUUUUCUUCUCGAUAGGAAACCCUGAGCAACUGAGAACAUGGGAGACUGGGGAUUUCUCUCGGCUUUACUGGAAAAGGUGCAGUCCCACUCCACUGUGAUCGGCAAAAUAUGGAUGACUGUCCUCUUCAUCUUCAGAAUCAUGGUUUUGGGAGCCGGAGCAGAGAGCGUUUGGGGUGACGAGCGAUCUCACUUAGUAUGCAACACUCAAACACCUGGUUGCGAAAAUGUGUGCUACGACUGGAAGUUCCCCAUUUCACAUAUUCGUUUCUGGGUGAUGCAGAUCAUCUUCAUAUCUACUCCAACUUUGGUGUAUCUGGGCCAUGUGGUGCACGUUAUUCAUCAAGAGAACAAAUUGAGAGAGGAGCUGAAAAGGAACCCAGUUGCAAAGUCACCGAAAUACUCGGAUGAAAAGGGCAAAGUCAUUAUUAAAGGCAGCAUGCUGGGUAGCUACUUGACUCAACUGUUUAUUAAGAUCCUAUUAGAAGUUGCUUUUAUCGUUGGACAGUAUUAUCUGUAUGGAUUACUCAUGCAGCAUAAGUUCCAUUGUGACCAAAAACCCUGUCCAGUUGUGACUGAGUGUUUCAUGUCUAGACCCACUGAGAAAAACAUCUUCAUGGUUUUCAUGCUGGUUGUAGCAUGUGUUUCUCUGGCUUUAAAUGUUCUAGAAAUAUUCUAUUUGUUUUGUAAGAGGAUAACUAGGAAAAAACACAAAAAUAGAGAGAUAAUGUAUACUCACGAAUCCAGAUAUCCUUUGCCGCUUUCUGUAGAACUUGAACCUGUUAAUUGAAUGAGACACAAUGAGCUAAACAUGGCCCUUCAAAACAAGUGGGACCAAAGCAACGUUGGCCUUGAUGGGGCCAGACCUCAGCUUAAGAUUCUGUCAACGUACUAAUAAAGUCUAGCAUGCAUAUCAAUAAGUUAUAGGAAAAUACAUACUUCCAAUGUAAUCAACACUAUCAUUAUAAGUCAAUGUUACACUUAGCCUAUAUUUAAAUUCACUUUAUUUUACUGUACACUAGAUGGUGCUGUAAUAUUUAACAAUUUGCUCACACACUGACUCACCUGUCAUUACAAGGACAGUGAUUUCUUUUUCUCUCUGUCACGCCAAUAAAAAGUAACACUAACAGAUCAAAAAUAUAUUUAAAAAGCCUUUAUUGUCAAUGGCUAUAACAAUAAGAGUUAAAAACAGUGGAAAAAAGAGGGCUGCAAACCUACACGUAUCAGCAAAAAGCCUUCUUCAGGGUGCAGCCUACAACACAAUUAGGUUUGCAGCCCUCUUUACCCCACUGUUUUUAACUCUUAUUGUUAUAGCCAUUGACAAUAAAGGUUUUUUAACUAUAUUUUUGAUAUGGGGGUGUGCCUUGAUUUUCCCUUUUUUUUUUUGUUUUUUUUUUUGGAUUAUUAUUUCCUCAUUCAAGAGCACCUUUAAAUAUUUUUUAAAGAACUUUGGAGCAUACCGGAUUUUGUUUUUUGAAUAAAAUGUAACAAUUUAAAUAACGCACUCAACUAUUAUUACACUGUUCUUCCUGCAUUAUUGGUAAACACAGAAACUCGAAAGAUGUUCAACCAAAGUUUUUUUGUGCUCUCACCAAGUAAAAACACUGAGAAUAUGUAGAUAAUGAAUGAUUGCUUUACUAUAAUGUAUAAUGAUCUCUUAAUGUAUGCCAAAUAAAUCCAGGUUUAAUUUGC